AUGGAUUCGCUUUCGCAGCAAAGGCUGUCAUCAGUCCUCUCUGCGUCUUACUCUGACUCUGAAAUCAGAAAUGCACUACAAGUAUUGGACGCACGCUUCACUGACAAUUCCCCCGAUUCACGACGGCAGCUCCGGGUGGACAUUCAGGCAGAGGUCAUCCGAAGCAAUGCUCAUAUUAUUGAGGAGUUCGCUAAGAUAGCUGAGCAAUUAAAACAUAUAGGGACUACAUUGAGCACAAUGAACGCCGUAGUAUCCUCGCUGCGAACCAAUGUUGCGGCAGCUUCUUCGGAAACGGCACCAAUACUUGAUGAAGCCUCUGAACUAUUGUCUCAGAAAAAAGAUGUGGAAACUAAAGAGGCACUACUGUCUGCAUUCACGGCACACUUCGUAGUCUCUGAGGAAGAUGUGCUGGUAUUAACUAGUUCAGCUGAGACUCUAGACGACCGAUUCUUCCGAAUCUUGAGUAGGGUAAAGAGAAUACAUAGUGACUGUGAAGUUCUACUAGCAAGUGAAAAUCAAAGGGCUGGUAUGGAAAUCAUGGAUUUGAUGACCAAACACCUGCACGAUGCUUUCCAGAAAUUAUAUAGGUGGAUUCAAAGGGAGUUAAAGCAUCUGUCACUUGAGAGUCCUCAGAUAAAUUCGGGUAUCAGGAGAGCUUUGCGAGUUCUGGCUGAAAGACCCACCCUUUUUCAAGAUUGUUUAGAUUUUUUCGCAGAAGCUCGACAAAAGAUCCUUCUUGAUUCAUUUUAUACGGCAUUAACUGGUGCCCCCCAAGGCACACCGGGUAUCGACUCUUCCACCAAACCAAUAGAGCUCUACGCCCAUGAUCCUUUAAGAUACAUCGGUGAUAUGCUAGCUUGGCUGCACUCUUCUGCUGUUGGUGAACAGGAGGCCCUAGAAGUUUUAUUCAUUUCUCAAGAAGGUGAAGGCCAAAACAGCAUUUUAGGGGGGAUUGAGGAAGGGUUAAAAAGCGAACCUUGGGUUGGUGACUAUAGAGAUGAUGCUUUGGAAGCUCUCGGAGGCUGGGAUGCUAGGAAGGGCUUGAUGAUGUUGGUAGACAAAGGCUUAGAAACAGUGUGCAAACCAUUGAAGUCUAGAAUUGAGCAGGUCGUCGCCAGUCAUGAAGACAGUACCCUAGCAUAUCGUAUAUCAAACCUCAUAAAUUAUUAUCGCCUCACGUUUGAAAAGUUACUUGGUGAAGACUCAUCCCUCCUAGAAACGAUUAAAAGCGUCGAGCAAUCCGCUCUCCGUCAAUUUCACAGCACCUUGCAGGCCCAUGUCCGGGCUGUGCAGUCUGACCUCCCACAAGCGCCGCCAGACCUCUCACCUCCUGAUUUUCUUCUGGAAGGUCUCAAAGAACUCAAAGAUCUGAUGGUUUCAUAUGAAGCUUCCUUAGCGCCAACCCAAGAACGCGAAGAGGAGUUUUCAAAGAUAUUGGAGGAGGCGUUUGAUCCGUACAUAGAAGGCUGUCGUUCUCUUCGAAAGGAUCUGGACGAGUUGCAGAGCAAUAUCUUCGGCUUAAACUGCAUGUUGGCGGCCAAGUCGACUUUAGAUCAAUUUUUAUUCACAGCUAAAAGAGUCAGUAUGCUAGAUGACGAGAUUAAGACAUAUAUCAAGGCACUUGUGGAGUAUGAGCACAAUUUCUUUGUUCAUACUUCCGGGUUGAAUCCUUUGCUUGUUGCGUUAGAUGAUUGGAAUCCGACGAAAACGCCCUUGACUCAACUUCCACCAUUCUCUCUGUUGUCCUUAGCGCAAGUCUCACAGACUCUUGACAAGUUCCUCCAGUCAGCAUUGAUGGAUGUACAGGCAGAGCUCAGGAGAUUAAACUCUCCAAAGGUUGUUGGAGAAAUCUCGCACGAAGCAGCUGAAAGAUUCGUAGAAGAUUUCCGUAGGGUAGAAGAAGCUGUAGUUAACGCUUUAGCGAACGAGAUGGAAGAAGGUAUGGAUGGGGCUAGGAAUGUGUGGCCAAGAACGGUAGAUGAAGUUCGGGUCCUAUUGACUUGA